UAAUGAAGAGGAACUUGUUUGACAAGUCCUUAUGCUAAUAAGCAGCAGCAAGUAGACGCCAAGUAAAAACUACAUGAAAUAUUUGAAGUCGUAAAGGACGUAACAUAAUAUUAUACGACAAAACAGUUAAAGUGCAUGUUUUCAGGCAUCCCAUCAUCACUUAUUAAAGUGAUGUACGCCUACAGCGCGAGCUCUAACCCAGGUCAUUCUCACAUACUACAGCGCACUUGACAGCUCUAUGACGGUCACUGAGACGAUGCGCUUCUAUUUCUAACGGAUUUUACGAGGAGUGACGGUGGAAUAAGAGGAAAUAAUACCAAUGAUAUUGUAGGAGCUGACCGAAUACCCUUCACUUCUUACCCAGGAUUUCUUUUCUGUUUAACCCUUAUUCACAAUGCUUUACUUUCAGUUGGUGAUCAUGGCAGGGACUGUCAUGCUGGCAUACUACUUUGAGUACACCGAUACUUUCAACGUGCACAUUCAGGGAUUUUUCUGUCAUGACAAUUCCUAUAUGAAGCCCUAUCUCGGACCAGAGGAGUCCAGUACGAUCCCACCAGCCAUCCUGUACGCGGUGGUCGCAGGGGUCCCAGCACUCGUGAUUACAGUGACAGAAUCCGUGCUCUUCUUGCUGCAGUAUGUCUCGGAGGAUCUGGACAAUCGAGAGAAGAUCAUUGUGAUGGGCGACUGUUGUUACCUCAACCCUCUGGUCCGAAGGACUUUUCGUUUUCUUGGUGUGUACGCAUUUGGCCUCUUUGCCACAGAUAUCUUUGUAAAUGCUGGGCAGGUGGUAACAGGAAAUCUGUCUCCAUACUUCCUGACGGUGUGCAAACCCAACUACACAGCGCUGGGGUGCCAACAGGUGGUGCGUUUCAUCAACCACCAGGAAGCCUGCACAGGCAAUGAGGAUGAUAUCUUACACGCUCGCAAAUCCUUCCCAUCCAAAGAGGCAGCCAUCAGUGUUUAUGCAGCUCUUUAUGUUGCUAUGUACAUCACAUGCUCGGUGAAGGCCAAAGGGACACGGCUGGCCAAGCCGGUGCUCUCUCUGGGGCUCAUUUGUCUGGCCUUCCUAACUGGGAUUAAUCGAGUAGUGGAGUACCGCAACCACUGGUCUGAUGUCAUUGCUGGCUUUAUCAUUGGAGGAGCCAUUGCUGUCUUUAUGGUGGUGUGUGUGGUGAAAAAUUUCAAAGGAAAGCCCUUACUGAGUGAGAUACCGCCGGAGGAGUGUGUGUCCAGUGGUCCCAUGAUCACUCAACCCGGAAUGGAGCACACUAUGGAGAAAUACAUAGAGUCCCAGAAUCCCAUCACCUAUGCUGAGAUCACAUGACAGUGAAAAGCCCACAAGCCAGAAUGCUGUGGAUAUUGUUGCUGCUCUCCGAUGCGACUUUUUACUUUGAGUGCAAUGUCGAUAUGUGCUAUUUUCACAAUUCCAUUUUCAAGUGUGUGGAAAAAAAAAAAAUCUAUACCUUGAUGUCCUCCUUUUAACCCCCCCUCUUUUUUUGUUAUUCCUACUUUUAUUCAAACUAAUUUUACUGUUAGCAUUUUUUUUUUUUUGUGGUUAAAUAUACAGGGUAUGGAGUGAAUGUGAAAAUGCAAAAUGAUGUUAGAUGAAAUGUAUUAUGUAUAACAUAUCCUGAUGUACUAUUUACAACUGUGAGUCCAUUGUUGAAUUUUGAAGAGGUUUCUGCCUGACAACAAUUAUUGUUGUUGCUCCUCAUAGAAAUUAGGUUUUUCUAUGAUUUUGUCUGAUGCUAGUUUUGUAUUUCUUUUUCUGCCUGCCAUAACAUAUCACAUCAACACAACACAUGUUCAGAAAAGCAGACUGUUUCAGUGUUGCAUCAGAUCUUGUUCUAUGUAUUUUAAAGCAUGUUUAAAUCGCCAAUAAGAUUUAGUUAUGAAUUAUGAUUUGCUAAUUGCAAAUGGAAACAAUAUUGCGGGAGGGACAUUCUCAUUCGAGCGAGAAUCUGAUUGGUCAAAGCCCAGUGUAGUACAGGAUGAGUCAUCAAUAUUUUUGUUAAGUUUUCCAGAAAUAUUUUUGAUUUCACAGGGUCUUUAAAGUGGGCUGAUGUGGGCAUGAGGUGAUAAGCAGAAAUCAUGAUUGAUUUUGGUGUCAUUAUGGCAGAGCACCUUGGGCAGAGCUGAUUAUGGAUUUAAUUGUGACUGGCAAUUGAUUACAAUACUCACAAAGAUUAGAUGCUCAGGCUUUUGCCCAAAGAGGCUGCUAGGAGAAGGAUCGCUUUUUGUGCUUUAACAUUGCAAGUGGGUUUGUGUGUGUGUAUGUUUGUGCUUAUUUGUGAGUCUGCCCUUGAUGUCGCCUCUGUGAGAAAGCAGUCUCUGGUGGCUUAGACAAGGCCGUUUAUUUUCUUGGCAGAGCUAGAAUAAUACCUGUACCUGUGAAAGAGAGAGAGAUAGACAUGGAAAGAAAGAGAGGAUGGACCUUCAUUGUAUGGAAAACAGUGUAUCUCAGUUGGUUCACACAGAUGUAUGGCAAUAUUUGCAUUUGCAUACAUUUGCGGUUUCACAAUCAUAUGUUUUUAUUGUAUCAGACCUCACAGCAUCUAAGGUCUGCAGUGUUUGAUUGAAUUUACAUUCUGUAGAGUGAUUUUUUACACCAUACUGAGCGUGUGUUUGAUCUCACACUGCCCAAUGAUGAGAUUAGAUUUUCAAAUUCAUGCUUGAAUACAUUAAAUACCAUGUCUCUUAUUGAUGUAAAUCAUUUAUCCAAUUCAUCUCACUCAUGUAGUAGUAGUACUACAGAACAUCCUGAUCCCUUUCAUGUCCAGUGUUCGUCUCAUUAGUUGAUGCUUUUAUCAUGGAAAGCUUGUGAAUAUAACUUUUUAAAGAGUGUUUGGCUGGCUCACUGAGGGUUUUGUAAGGCACUCUUUGUAAAACUACUUUGUGAUUGUGAAAGUGCGAUAGAAAUUGAAUUCACAAUUAUUCGGAAAGAGCUACUGCAUUACCUGCACACUGGCUUUAAUUCAGGGCUAUUUCUAGUGACAGUUGUGUGUUUUUUCCGCUCAAAAGGGUUGGGAACAAGUGCACAUUGGUAUUUGAUAAGAAUAUUUACGUUUGAUUAUGUUCCAGUCAUGAAAGCAAUGAGGUAACUCAACUCCGCUCUAAGAUUUUUUUUUUCCUAAGAGAUUUAUUUAUUUAUUUUCAAUAAGCUUUUAAAAAGUUUACAGUAUAGGUUGUAUCCUUCAUAUUUGGUUUACAAAAGGAUUUGAUGCCCAAAACCCAAGCAGUGAAAGGAAAUUUUUAUUGUGAAAAAGCCUGAGAUAUUUUUAUAACUAUAUUGUAUGUUGAACAGCGGUAUUGAUGAUCUGGUAAUGACCUCAGAGACUGAACUGGAAAGGAAAGCAGAUCUUCCCUGAGCCCUAAUAAAAUAUUUACCCUCGGACUCAAUGUCAUUUUGUAUCUUUUCUGUAUAAUGAUCGUAUGAUUUUUUUUUUUAACAAUUUCCUUAAUACAUUAGGUUUGAAGAUACAUUUUCUUAUUUCAGAUUUAUUUACUGUUUAUUUACUGAAAUUUACUGUUGUGUAAAG